GAUGGUUACUCCUCUUGUUUUGCUAGCUACUGUACUUGUAAGAAAGUUGACCGCUAUAUAUGACGGGUCUCAAAGAGCGAGAGCGAGAGAGAGGGAGGGAGAGAGAGAGUGAGUGAGAGAGAACGAGGGCGAGAGAAAAACUUUUUUUCCUAAGUUUGUGUAAGCUUUCACUUUCAGCCUCCGAGGCGGGGUUGCCAGUGCAGCAUGGAGUGAGGGAGAGGGACCGCGAGCGAUUGCAAUGCAGCACUACGGCGAACUUCCAUCCAAGUUAAAUAAGCUCUCCAAUUUUAAAAUCUAAAAAUAACAUGUACUCCCCGUACUGCUUGACACAGGAUGAGUUCCACCCCUUCAUCGAGGCCUUGCUGCCACACGUCCGGGCCUUCUCCUACACCUGGUUCAACCUGCAGGCGCGCAAGCGCAAGUACUUCAAGAAGCACGAGAAGCGCAUGUCCAAGGACGAGGAGCGCGCCGUCAAGGACGAACUGCUGGGCGAAAAGCCGGAGAUCAAGCAGAAGUGGGCAUCGCGACUCCUCGCCAAGCUACGCAAGGACAUCCGGCCCGAGUUCCGCGAGGAUUUCGUGCUGACCAUCACGGGCAAAAAGCCGCCAUGCUGCGUGCUCUCCAACCCCGACCAGAAGGGCAAGAUCCGGCGCAUCGACUGCCUGCGGCAGGCCGACAAGGUGUGGAGGCUGGACCUGGUGAUGGUGAUCCUCUUCAAGGGCAGUCCUCUGGAGAGCACGGACGGUGAGCGGCUGGUCAAGUCGCCCCAGUGCUCUAACCACGGCCUGUGCGUGCAGCCACAUCACAUCGGUGUCUCUGUCAAGGAGCUCGACCUCUACCUGGCCUACUUCGUCCACACGCCAGAAUCCGGACAAUCAGACAACUCCAGCCAGCAAGGUGAUGCUGACAUCAAGCCUCCUCCCAACGGGCACCUGAGUUUCCAGGACUGCUUUGUGACUUCAGGAGUGUGGAACGUCACUGAGCUGGUCCGUGUGACACAGACUCCUGUUGCCACGGCGUCUGGCCCGAAUUUCUCUCUGGCUGACCUGGAGAGUCCCGGCUACUACAACAUCAACCAGGUGGCCCUGGGCCGGCGCUCUCUCACGUCCCCCCCGUCCACCAGGACUGAAGUGGAGCUAUAUGCAAGUCUUCCGCGGAGCUCCAACAAGCGCAAGUCCAUCGACGACAGCGAGAUGGAGAGCCCGGUGGAUGAUGUAUUCUACUCCGGCCGCUCGCCUGCCAGCAGCUCCCAAUCCAGCGGCUGGCCCAACGACGUGGAUGCAGUGCAACACCAUUUGGCGAAUGUGCAGGAGAGGAAGAUUAAACAUGAAAACGAUGGCGUGCAGUUUCCGUACCAUGGACUCUCCUCGCCUGGUUCUCUUAAGAAGCCGGGAAAGUUCGAUUUCAGCGCCCUGUCGCCCCAGACGAGGUCGCCCCGCAUGGCGUUCACCCACCACCCGCUGCCAGUGCUGGCGGGAGUGAGACCAGGGAGCCCCCGUGCCUCGGCGUCUGCCCUGCACUUCCCCUCCCCCUCCAUCAUCCAGCAGUCCAGCCCCUACUUCACCCACCCCACCAUCCGCUACCACCACCACCCAGGACAGGACCCCCUCAAGGAGUUUGUGCAGUUUGUCUGCUCGGACGGUUCGGGGCAGCCCAGCGCACAGCCAAACGGGAGCGGCCAGAGCAAAAUGCCGGGCUCCUUCUUGCUGCCGCCACCUCCCCCCCGUGGCCCCGCCCAGUGCCCCUCCCCAAUGCCCGACUCUAACCCAGCAGCACACCCCCUGACGGCGGGACUCAGCACGCCCGCACCUCCGUCAUACACAGCGCCAGGGCCCACAGCUCCCAACAGGUUUGUCAGCAUCGGAUCACGGGACAACAACUUUCUGAACAUCCCCCAGCAGACCCAGUCUUGGUUCCUCUGACAAGACCCAUUUGAAAGAAAAAAAAUCGCAAAAUUCUGAAAUGAAAAUCUGGAUUGAAGAAAAUGGAACAAAAAAAAAAGAACAAUUUACAGGAAAUUUCCCUUACACCACCCAAAAACCGAUGAAAAUGGAAAACGUGAUUUUUUUUAAAAC